AUGGCCCCUGCAGACGACGCCAAUUCCGCGACUGCGGCCGCUGAGCCCACUGUGUCCACUCCCUCCGCCCCAAUUGAGGAGACCUCUUCUCUUGCGCCUACGCGCGGUCCAUCCGCACGCAAGGCCAAGACGGCCGCCGCCAAGAAGGAGGCACCAGCUUCUGAUGUUUCCCCGAAGGCCAAGAAGCCUCGAACCAAGAAAGCUCCUGCCACUAAGAGCUCAAGCGAAAGUGGCCCAUCGUACUUUGACCUCAUCGUUGAGGCUAUUAAGGAGUUAAAGGAACGCAACGGCUCGUCCCGCCAGGCCAUUGGCAAGGUGGUGGAAAAUAAAAAGAAUAACUAUGCCAGUCACCACCUGAACAAAGUUCUACGAACGGCUGCCGAGGCCGGCAAGCUCAUUCAGAUCAAGGGAUCGUACAAACUGUCGCCCGAGCUUCGUAAGCCCGCGGCCUCAAAGAAGAAAAGUCUUAAGGUCUCGGAGUCGUCUGCUAAGACGGUCAAGAGGGUGGGCAAUGCGAGCAUGAAGGCACCUAAGUCUAAUAAGAUGGCAGCUAAAAAGGUUGCUGCUUCGAAGAAAGUGGCGGCCAAGAAGGCACCAGCUAAGAAGAUGACGGCGAAGAAAACGACUGCUACAAAGGCCCCGUCGAAAAAGGUUUCGACUGAGAAGGCAGCGGGCAAGAAAGCCACUGCCAAGACAACGAAGAAAACAGUCAAGAAAACAGCCAAAAAGUAA